GUUGGUGCUCGGCUUCGGCUGUAAACAAAGCCACAACGCAGAGCCAAUGCGAUAACAUAAUGCCAGUGCUUGUUUACCUUGAGCUUUUCAAUUUCGUGAAACGAUCUUGUUAAGUGUGUCGUCGUGCCAAAACAUGGGGUCGGUGAUCGGCAAAACGAUGGAAGAGAACUUCAAGAAACAACAGGAGUUCAUGGAGAAAAAUCAGGAGGUCAUGCUGGAUCGGCAGAUUCAGAUGCAGAACCAGAUGCGGGAGCGCCAGGCCGCCAUGAUGGUCGCGCGCUCACGUGAUAUGCUCAACUGGUGGGGCGCCUUCUAUGUCACUGUAGCGUUUUUUGGCAUCGUCGGAUUCCUAAAGACGAAGAAGCCAGUCCCGCUGAUUCCCCUUUUGCCGUUUUCGUUCAUAGUCGGGUACCAGUAUGACCUCGCAUACGGUAACAAGAUGCAGCGAUGUAGAGGUGAGGAGAUCAUAAAAAGAGGAGGCUGAACGGGUGAUGGCGGAGGAGGGGAGUUACAUCGAGCUUCCACGUGGUCUCCCCACCGUUCAGUCCAUAGAUGCCGCCCGGAAUCAGUAGACCGUAUUCGUGACGUCAUUUAAGUUUAGAACCUACAUCAUAAUCAUUUAAGCGCAUUAAGUUGAUGAUAAAGUUGAUGUCUAUUUAAAGGAUGUAACAUAAAAUAAACUCUGAAUAGAUUUCAAACCCACAACAAAUGAUGAUAUGUUGAGGUAUUUGAAAGGGAUUUGUUCACUUUUUUUUUUGAAAGGGAUUUGUUCACACCUUAUCAAAACGACAAUUUUCAAAAACAAAAUGUCAUUGAUUCAAAAAGGAAUGUAUACAUUAUACUCAAACAAGCAAAAUAACUUCUGACUAAGUUACAUUUUAAAAUGUAUUUGUGUAUUGAUCAAUAAAAAUUAUAGCAGAAACAUGUAAUAACGACUUAGCUUUUAACUACGAAGUGGGGUUAAUGCCUGCGUUUUAUAGUGGUAGCGAGUUUAUGCUUCUAAAAGUCUCGCUUUCGAUCCCCAUGGCAGGCAAAUUUUGUGUAAUCCUUUUCAUUGUUAUUAUAAAAAAAUAUAUUCCAAAUAUAACAGGUUUUUUAGUUAAUUUAUUUUAUAUUUGAAAAACACACGAUCUUUUGUGAACAGGUCCUUAUAAGAAUUAUACAACAUAUUGUUCGUCCCCAGUAAAUGAUACUGACGGGAAGCGUCUCGAUAUCCUCUCAGUUACAUUAAUGGACACAUGCAUUAAUUUGACCACAAGUGUGUGUGUGUGUUUCUGACUGAACUCUGACGAUUAUAUAUUUAUUGCACACACAUGUUUUUAUAUAUAGUUUUUGCAUCUAAUGUAUCUUUAAGAUGCCUUUUCAUGUGUUUAUUUUGAACUGUUUGAGUCUGUGCCAUAUUUUUUAUUGUGUUUAUUGAAUAAACUAUUUUGUUUA